AUGCUGACAGACAGAGUCCAGAAAUCGUUGGAUCCCUACAAGUUACCAGAAGGAUUUCAAAGCAAAGUGGUGGCACCUCGCUAUACAAAGCUGGUCAAAGAAGAAAAGAAGAAGGAUGCCCCAUUGACUCCAUCUGAGUUCCUGAAAGAGAUGUCUCUGACAAUGGAGCAAAAGCUGGCAAGCAUCCAUGAGGUGCAUCUGCCUCGAAUUGUGCAGCUUUUGGACAUGAGUGAAACCUCACACCAGAAGUUCUCCUCCGUUGAUCUCGACCAGACUCUAUUUCAGCCAUUCCCAUCAGAAGUGAUUUUCCAGAAUUACGCCCCUUGUGAGGUCUAUGAAGUCCCAUUAAUUCUGAGGAACAAUGACAAGAUUCCCCGGCUGGUGAAAGUUGUUCUGGAGAGUUCACCUUACUUCAGAGUCAUAAGCCCCAAUGAUGUGUGUAACAAAGUUGCACCUGGCAUGCAAUCUACAUUCCGUAUCCUUUUCACUCCUGAAGAGAACAAGGAUUAUUUCCAUGAAGUAACCUGCAUUACUGAAAGGGAAAAAUUUAUUGUUCCUAUCCGAGCAAUUGGUGCCAGAGGCAUUCUGGACUUCCCAGACCAGCUGAAUUUCUCCACCUGCCCUGUCAAGUACAACACACAGAAAACACUGCUUGUUCGCAACAUUGGCAACCGGGAGGCCCGCUACCAAAUAACCACAGAAAGACCUUUCUCUGUUGAACCCUCCAUUGGGACCCUUGCAAUAAAGGAGACCACACAAUUCACUGUUGACUUCCAUCCCCAAAAGAGUGGCAGUCACCGUGAGGACCUUAUAGUGCAUUAUGACACAGGAGAGGAUAUUCAUGUAAGGUUAUAUGGAGCAGCUACAGAUGUCAAUGUGCGACUGGACAAGAACUCCUUGACAGUUGAGAAAACAUAUAUCACUUUAGCAAAUCAGAGGUCUGUGAUUAUUCAUAAUCGGAGUGAUAUCAUUGCACAUUUCCAGUGGAAGGUCUUUGCAACACAAGAAGAGGAAGAACAGAAAAAACAAAGGCUGUGCCAUACACUGCAGGCUGAAGAAGAAUGUGUGCUUGAUCAGCUUCUGGCCGAGUGCAAUAUGAAUCCUGCGCUUCGUGAGCAUCUCUCCAUUGUCACCCGUACCUUUCAGAACCGCCAGGCCACAGUACAUGAAGAUUCCAUGCUCUUCAACAAUAACACCUUUACCAUUGAACCUGUGGAAGGAGAUGUUUGGCCCAAUUCCACAACUGAAAUCAGUGUGAUCUUCAGGCCACAAGAAGCUGGGGUUUACAAUCGAACUGUAUACUGCGAUAUCUCAGGCCGUGAGACCAGGCUGCCUCUGCGCAUCAAAGGGGAAGCCAUGGCCCCCAAGCUGCUUUUCAACUAUGACCAGCUGGAUGUUGGGAAAAUUUUUGUUGGAUCAGCCCACAGUUAUGAGGCCAUCCUCUCUAACAAAGGAGCUAUCGAUGCCCUCUUCAACCUGAUGUGGCCAUCCACAGCCCUGGGCUCCUGCUUUACAUUUCAGCCCAGUGAAGGAAUCAUUGAGCCAGGUGGUCAUCAAGCCAUUCAGAUCACCUUCAGCUCUACCAUCCUGGGACAUUUCUAUGAAGAGUUCAGAUUCAAUGUGAAUGGAUCUCCCCAGCCUGUGAGCUUAGUGAUUAGGGGCUGCGUCAUUGGACCGACAUUUCAUUUCAAUGUCCCAUCCCUCAAUUUUGGGGACGUCUCUUUUGGUUUUCCUCACACCCUGUCCUGCUGCCUCAGCAACACCUCUUUGGUGCCCAUGACCUUUAGCCUUCGUGUCCCAGGAGAUGGCACUGGAGGCCCAAGUGUCAUGAGUCAAAAUCAAGCCUCUGACAUCUCAAGGCCAACAUGGAGGAAGGCACACUGUGGAGGCGCAAAGCCCAAGGAAUUUACCAUCACUCCCAGCCGAGGUACCAUCCGUUCACAAGGACUCAUGGACAUACAGGUGACUUUAUGUUCCAACACUGUGAAGACAUAUGAAACAGCACUGGUAGUAGAUGUGAAGGGGAGUGGAGAAGAUGUACUAGCACUGCCAAUUACAGCGAGAUGCAGCACACCUCCGUUGCAUGUGGCUAAUCCCAUCCUGGAUUUUGGACGUUGUUUCCUGAAGUUCGCAUAUCAGAUGAUGGUGAAACUUGUUAAUGACAGUGAUCUUCCGGGGUGCUAUGGUGUCCUUCCCCAGGUGUAUGAGAAGUCCCUUGCAGUCUUGCAUACCAGUCCACUGCCGUGUGGUAUUAUUCAGCCUCAUGCCACAGUUGAGAUCCCUUUGGCUUUGGAAGUCCAGGAGAAAGGAAAGCAGGAGGCGAUAGCCUACAUCGCUGUCUUUGGGAAUGAAGACUUCCCACUGAUGAUCCAGCUGGUGACUUUUGGAGAAGGCCCUGUUGUUUAUGUGCAUCCAGCUAUGGUAGACUUUGGCUGCAUCCAGGUUUUAAAAGAUGUUUCUAGAGUGCUGUACCUUUCCAACCAGUCUGUUAUUCCUGCGCCAUUUGAGGCACAGAUGGCUCGUGGUAAUUCACUAUGGAGGAUUGAGCCUAAUAAAGGGAUUGUCCCUCCAGAGGAUGAGAUAUCACUCACACUAAUAGCUAAUCUGGAUGACACUGUGCUCUUCCAGGACAAAGUUAACCUAGUCAUAGAGAACAGCAAUUCUUACAUUAUCCCCGUCCAGGCCACUGGCAGUGGUACCACCAUUGUCACAGACAAACCGUUUGCUCCAGCCAUCAAUCUGGGACCCCAUUUCAGUUUGGAUCCCUGCUGCUAUCACUUCAGGAUCACCAACCGUGGGCGUCGUACCCAUCAGCUCUACUGGAUGACAGAAGGCUUCCCCCCAUUCCGCCAGCGCAACACCCUUCCUCCCAUCAGUGCUAACACAAAGAGCAAGAACUCCCAGCUUCCUCUCUUUAAGCUUCAGCCACUGAGGAUGGAGCUGACCCCAGGAAAGAGCAUGGACAUGGUACUGGAAGGAUCUUCUGACAUUCCCAAGGUUGUAAAGGAAAGGCUGCUAUGCCAUGCUAUCAUAGGGAAGCAAUCUGGGAAGGAGCUUAUCUUGAAGGUUGAUGUCAUCUGUGAAUUCAUUGCACCCAUUCUACAGAUUUCCUCCAGAGAUAUCACUUUCCGAGUAGAGAAGAAUCCCAGUGAUAUAUUGACUGCCCAGUAUGAGCCUCUGACCUUGAAAAACAUUUCCUGUUUGCCACUCAACGUCAUCCUCUCUUUGCAAGAGCCCUUUGCCCUCUGUGAUACUGAUCAUGAAAUGCUGCCAGCACCCAAUCAGCCCUUAACUAUGGAAGUUGGAGAGAUGUACCACCUUUGUAUUAGGUUUGACCCCAUCUAUAGAGAUGACCUGUACAACCGAGUAGCAGAAGAAGUCUUGACUCUGCGUUACCUGGAGCAUCCCCAUGUGGACCACAUCAGCCUGCGGGGAGAAGUGCAUUUCCCGAACCUCCACUUUGAGACUAUGGAUCUGAAUUUUGGCUGCAUCUUGAAUGAUACAGAAGUUGUCCGUGACAUCAAUAUGACCAACUGCAGUCCCCUUCUUAUUAAAUACCGCUGGUCCUUCAUGACAGAUGACUGUGAAUCCCUGAUCAGAUUCAGCCCAAGAGGGGAUACGGCCCUUGUUGAACAGGAUGCAGCAGCUGAGCAGAAAGACCCACCACCACCACCACCACCGGCUCCUGCAGCUGGUCACAGCGACAGCAAAGACUCUGAGAGAGAAGCAGCUGUAGAAGAAAACCUGAAUUGUGUAAGUGCAGAAGAGGAGUCCUCUCAAGAACCUUCAGACCCUGCAGGAAGUGGCUCAGAAACAAAGACAGCAACAAAGUCCUUAUUGCCAGCUGCUGAUCGAGUGGAAGAGGAGCUUGCAAAGAAGAGCCAGGUGGAGACCAAGGAAGUGCUAUGGUGUGUGGAACCAGAAGAGCAUCACUCAACUGGAGUGGAAGAAGUGUUUGACAUUCUGCCGCUGUUUGGGACACUGCAGCCAAAUGACACUCAGGAAAUGUCAUUCACUUUCUAUGGUCACACUGACAUUGUGGCCCGUGUAAAAGCACUCUGUGAAGUGGAAGGGGGCCCCACCUACGAAAUCCUGCUGAGUGGUGAGGCCUCACUUGUGAGUUACGCAUUCGACAGAAAGGAAAUUGAUUAUGGACUCCAGCCUUUUGAUCACAUAAGUGUGGCUGAGAUUACGCUGAGGAAUACAGGAAAAGUUGGAUUUGAGUACUCUGUGACCAACACCAUCCUGGCUUCAGCAGACAACCCUCCACCUGGUGUGCCACUGACGUUGCCUGUUGCUAGUUAUAUAGAAUCAGGGAAGGAGCAGGUGCUGAAGGUCUAUUAUUUGCCUGGCAUUCCUGAGGUCUUCCAAAGAACCUUCCAGAUUCAGGUGGCCCACCUGGAACCAGACAGCAUCACCCUGAAAGGAGAGGGGAUCUUCCCCAGGAUCUGCCUCGAUUUACCUAGAAAUAUUAAAGGAAAUGAACGGUACAUCAGCAUCCUUAGAGAAGUGAAACAACGGAUGGAACAGGAGUCACAGUAUUCAGUCAGUAAUUCGGAGGCAGUGGCCACAGAACCACCCAUAGAUGAAUCCAGCACUCCUCUCGACACCCAGCUGCAGAUGGAAGUGGAGAGGCUUCUUGUUCGAGAACAUGCCCUGGAGCAACAGAGGCUGCUUGGCUGUGACUCAAUGGAGGACCCCACUGUCAGCCAACGAGUUCGCCGCAGACUUGUCAAAGCACACUUGCCUGAGUACAUCUUGGACUUUGGCUAUAUCAUCCUGGGCACCAUCCGGACCCACAUUGUCAAAAUCACCAACACCAGCCAGUUCCCAGUGUCCUUCCAUGCAGACAGACGGGACUUGCGGGACACAGGUUUCAACACUGAAUUGGAUCGAGUGAAGAACCUGCCCUACUGUGAGACGGAGACGUUUGAAGUGCGGUUUGAUCCCCAGAGUGCCAAUCGACCCCUUGGAGAGGUGGAGGUGCUCUUGCCCAUCAAGGUCCUGGCUGGGCCCACAUUUCACAUCUCUCUCCGUGCCAUGGUGAUUAUGCCAUCCCUCUGCAUGUCCAAUGACAAUUUGGAAUUCUCUGCCAUUCAAUGUGGGCAGUGCCAAGUAGAGACUAUCCAGCUUCACAAUCAGCUGCAGGUCAUGUGUGAGUGGUUUGCCACCAGCAGUGAGCAAAUGAAAAAGGUGGACAAGCACAUGCCAACGACCUUGCGGCGGAAGAUGCAUCAUGAACUGAAAAACAAACCCCAUGUCUUUGAGAUGAUACCUCCCUAUGGGAUCCUGGCUCCUGGGGAGCGGCUCAAUGUGCAAGUCAAGUUUGCACCAAGAGAAGAGAAAUUCUACCGCAACUACCUGAUUCUGAGCAUUUCCCAGAGCACUCAGCAGCUGCUGCUGCAUGUCUCUGGACAAGGUCUGGAGCCACGCCUUGAGUUUCAUCCCUCUGUUCUGGAACUGGGACCCCUCCUGCCUUACGGCAUUGGGGAUGAGGCUGAAGUGGUGGUGAAGAACCCUUGCGGCUUCCCCAUUGAAUUCUACUCUUUGGAAUCUGAUCAGCAGUAUCUGUUGGAAGAACGGAUUUUGCGUAUGUUGAAAGGUUAUGACACCCAUAAUAUUCUCCUGUUGCCUCCUCGCAUCCCUGGGGAGAAGCUACCUCCUGAAGUACUGGAAUAUUAUGAGGAACAGAAGAAGAUUCAAGGCGACCAGGAGACAGUUAAUCCAGAUAAUGAAGAAGAAGAACGAAAUACGUAUAUUUCUGACCAUGGAAUGAAACCUCUCCCUUCCAGUACUGGGCCAACCACAUCCACGGCUGGCUCUGUUCUCCCCUCUCUUUCCCUUCAUGAGGAUAACCGAACUUUCAGAGUGGAAUCGAAACUCGAUCAGGAAGAAGAAGAGGAGGAGGAAGGAACAGACAAAGGGCAAGCGCAAGCAGGGAGUCAGCAAAGUCUCAUGAAACAUAAGGAAGCAGUUGGAGAGCUAGACAACAACCCCGUUUCCAAAGCCAUUGCUCGUCACCUGGGCAUCGAUAUCUCUCCAGAAGGACGGGCUGCCAGGAAUCGUAGGGGGAUUGCCAUCAUGAUUCAUGGAGCUCCCCUUACAGGAAAGACAGGAGCUGCUAUAACCCUUGCCAAACACUACAGUGCUGCUUGCUUGUCCAUUGAUUCUGUGGUCAUGGAAGCCAUCUCUGAUGGAACCAGUUCAGCAGGACUCCGUGCGCGUGAACUCUGCAUUCGAGCAGCCAUUGAGCAGGCACAACGGGAAAAUGAAGAUGGUGGAGCUGAAGUGCAGCCUGCUCUAGCUCUGGGUACCAGGCUGAGUGCAGAGGCUUUGGGCAAGCACACCUCGGACGGUAGCCAGCAGAGUUCAGAGUCCAAAACAGGACCACUCUCAGCCAUCUCCAGAGGCUACAGAGGAAGUACAGCAAUGGCAAAGGGCAAGUCUGAAGGCCACACAUCACAAAAGCAGCAACAGCAUCCACAGUCUGAUCAACCUGGAUCCCAGGUUCCAUCCAGCCCUAUUCCCAGUGCUCCGAUCCAGCGGCGCCUUAGCCUCAGUGGCAGUGUGGCAGGAGAUUACGGCCUGAUGAGUUGCGUGCUUCCAGAGGAGCUCUUGGUGGAGAUUCUUUCGGAGAGGAUGCAGCUGAAUGACUGUUAUCGUGGCAUGGUGUUUGAUGGGCUGGAGACCUUGUUUGCCCGCAGCAUGGUAUCGACACUCCUCUGCAUACUCAAAGCUAUCAACAACCGACGCCAUAUCUAUUUUGUGAACCUGUUCCAGGACUUUGCUGCCAUGAAAGCCAGAGAGAAAGCCAAGCAAGAGCAGGAAGAACGGGAGCAACAGGAAGCCAUUGCCAGAGAGAAGGCUCGUCUUCAGGAGAUGGAUGAAGAGGACUAUGAUGCUCUUACCGAAGAACAAAAAAUCCAGUUUGAUGGGGAACUGUUGCAGGCCCUACGUGAGCGUAAAAAGAGGGAGCUGGAGAAGCUGGCUCGGGAGCUGGAAGAAAAGAAGCACCAGCAGGAACUGGAGCGUCUGAGGGAGGAGGAGGAGAUGAAGAAGAAGACCAAGCGCUAUAAGAGAGAUGGAGGGGGAAAGGAGAAAGAGGAGCCUGCAGGAAAGAAGGGUCAGCCAGGAGGCAAGCAAAAUGUCCCAGUACCUGCUUUAAAAUCUGAUGGGAAGCUGAAUGAAGGGAUAGAGCGGAAAGCCUCAGCAAAGGAGCGGCCAGAUGUGAAUGUCAAUGAUAAGGAUGAGAAGAAAAAGAAGAGCAGAAUGACCCUGCAGAAUGGACAGCAAGGGGCCGCGCCACCUCCUGCCCAGGAAGAGGAGGAAGCUGAGAAGGAAGUGAUGAGUGACAGUGAGAAGAACUUGGCUCAGAGGUUCAAGCUGUACGAGGCCACACAGAAGGACCUCAUUCAGAUCCUGUCAUUCUGGGACAGAGUUCAGCUGAUCCAGCUGCAGCCACCAGGCUCCGAGGAGAAGCAAGAGGAAAUGGAGGACCAGCGGCAAGCACCAUCAGGCCGCAAGGGCAGGAAGGACAGGGAACGGGAGCGCCAGGAGCGCCUGGAGAAGGAGAGAGCGGAGAAGGAGCGCCUGGAGAAGGAGAGAGUAGAGAGGGAGCGUCUCGAGAGGCUCAGGGCCAUGGAGGACAAUAGGCCAGGAGGGCCGGAGGGAGAAGGGGGUGACGGAGCAGAGAAGGACAUUGGAGUCCCAUACGUGGAAAUCCAGGUGCUCAGUUCUGAGGACUCCAGUGGCAAGAGGAUCCUGGAGAGUGGCAAGCUGCCAGAUGUAAUCCAGAUCUUGAAUGGUUUGGGGCUGGGUCCCUCUGGGCCCCCCAUCCCCCCCACUGCCUUUUUCUCAGUGAUCCCUUACCCAGAGAAGCGGGCAGCACCAGUUCCAGGAGAGGCUCUCAAGCACUUCACCUUUAUUGUAGCUGAAGAACCGAGUCUGGAGGAUGACAAGAAGGAUGCUGAGGCCAGCACGGAGACUGCAGCAAACCUCCCUGCAGCAAAGGAGGAGCAGGCCACCCCAACUCGAGGCAGGACCAAGAAGGAAAAGCCUGACCUAACCCGUGACACUUUGAAGGAAAAGAAAGGCACAACUCGCAGCAGGAAGGGCCCUCACCCUAGCCCUGGCACAAUGACAGCUCUGUCGGAGCUAGAUCAGGGUGGCCUAACAGCGGAACCGUCCAGCGAAAAGCUCCUCCGGUUGAGCUGCUUCCGCUGGACAGUUCCUGCUAAUGGAGAGGUUUCAAUGCGCCUCCAUUUCUCCUCCAGCACAACAGGGCUGUUUGAUCAGGUGCUAAACUUUGAGGUCCUAGGAACCCGGCGACAGUAUCAAGUUUACUGCAGGGGUAUAUGCACCUAUCCAACCAUUUGCCAAGAUCCUAUGAUUGUCUUCCCCCACCGUACAAAGAACAUCAGACCUGAUGAGAUCGUCUUCAAAAAGUACAUCCUGAAUUUGGGGAUCUUCCACUUUGGCCCACUGCUCUGUGGGAAGUCAAGGGAAAAGUACAAGGCCAUUCGAUACCCCAAUCAUUUUGAAAAGAUCACCAUCCUCAACAUCUCCCCCUUGGAGGCUGAGGUGCAUUUCUUCUUCCAACAUGACUCCAAGGCAGUCACAUAUCUCUUGGACCCUUCUACCAUGACACUCAAACCCAAUGAGCGGCAGGUGCUGACUAUUUGGGCUUAUCCAACGGCCAGUGGUAUAUUUGAGGAUAGCAUUGUCUGUUGCAUUAAAGAGAAUCCAGAGCCUGUAACCUUCCGGAUCUGCUGCCAAGGGGUUCGUCCAGAACUGGAGUUGGAUCGCCGACAACUACAUUUUGAAAAGCUGCUAUUGCACAGAAAAGAAACAAAGUCACUCUACCUGAAGAAUUUCACUCCGCUGCCUGUAGCGUGGAGAGUCAGCGGCCUGGAGAACAUUGGAGAUGACUUCUCUCUGUCUGUGGACAUGGGCAUUAUUGAGGCCUUCUCAGAGUACUGCCUGCUGGUGAACUUUAAGGCCACAAAGGCCCUCAACAUUAAGAAGGCUAUUCGUCUAGAGGUUUCAGAUGUGGAAAACAUUCUGGGGAUUGUCCAGAUUGAAAACAUACAAAUCAUUGCUGAGGCCUAUGAUGUUGCCCUGGAUAUCAGCUUCCCUAAAGGUACAAAUGGUGGUUUGGAGUUUGGGGCUGUUAGAGUCAUGGAUGAAGUUAAGCAAGUGCUGUCCCUGAAGAACAAAGGCAAAUAUGAGAUUGCUUACAGCUUUGCUGUGGAAUCCACAGAUCAUGGAAUGCCCAAUGUGGCCCCACUCUUCUCCAUCAUUCCUCAGAAGGGGAAUUUGGGUGCCAGUGACCGCCCUACUCAGGUGCUGAUACUUUUUCGCUCCAAGAAGGAAGUGAAAAUUGAGGACAAGCCUAUUCUGCAAUGCCAUGUUAUUGAGCCCAACCUAUGUGAAGGUGGGGAGAUCAUUGCCACCAUCCCCAUAAGGCUAUCCGUGCAGUCCAUGUUUGCCAAGUACAGCAUCACCCCCCCAUCGCUCAUCAACUUUGGGCCACUAGUGCACGGUUCCCGGAAGACCAACAGCUUCACCAUUGAGAACAAAGGGGCCCUCGAUUUUAAGUUUGGCAUCUGCAAGCAAGUCCGAGAUGUGAUUAUCCCACUGAGGAAAGGGGUCUCUCAUGACAAAACCUCCCGCUCCAGUGAGGCACACCUCAGCCGGCAGACAGCUCCACUGGGAAGGCAGAGCAAGCGUGCAGAAUCCCUGCAAAAGGAUAUGAACUUUGUGGCUCAGGCUCGCUGCUCCCUUGGGAUAUUCACCAUCUCCCCUGGAUUUGGAAGCAUUGCUCCAGGAGGCCAUCAGAUCAUCACUGUAGAUUGCCUUGCAGACACAGUUGGAAAGUGCGAGGAAUUUAUGACAAUUGAGAUCACUGACCGGGACCCCGAAGACAACCCUGGCGGCAUCCCAUAUACUCUCCUUGCAGAAUCGUGUGUUCCAGGCUUUGUGAUUGAUGAUGUGGGGGUCAUUUUUGAGGAGCAUCGAAUCUGCAGUAACAGCACCCUCAGCCAGGUGCUGAAGACUGUAGGAUGUGAAAGUGUGUUUGUGACUGAUGAGAACAAGUUUAUCUUCAAUAAUGUCCUAGUUGGGCACCAGGCUGUAGCCCGGUUCAAGAUCUGCAACACUGGCCGAAUUCCCUGUGAUGUUAUUCUUGCCACAAAGCCAAUCUCUGCCAAGUCUACUGUCCGGAUCAGUGACGUCUUUGAGCUUCACCCACUGCGGAUGUGUGUUGCCAGCCGUUCACAUGCCUUUGCCACUCUGACCUUCUCACCGCCAACCAUGCAAAACUACCAGUGCAUUUUUGAGGCUUCUGUUGAUGCAUUGCCCAGUGUGGCUGCCAAGUCAAGAAAUUUAUCGUUUGAGGUCAAUGGGGAUGGCAACCUUCCUCGGAUCACCAUCGUGCGCCCUGUGCUCUGCAAUAAAAAAGGGAGCCCGCUUCUCCUCUUCAGAAGACUCCUGUUGGGCCAUACAGAGACUCUUCCUCUUGUCCUUAAGAACUGUGGCAGUAUACUAGUUCAGCUGUACCUCGAUGUGUCAGAUGAAAAUGGUGCUUUCACUUUGAAACCCAGGCCCACCACCCAGUGCAUUUAUGUGUCUUCUCAGAACGAGGAGAAUGAAUCCAGUGAGGGAGUCAGGAAGCCUCACAUGGCCUCCCUGAUCCUGCACAAUGGAGAAUCGGCAGAGUUUGAUGUGGUUUUCCAGCCCAACUUGACCCAGCGUAUGGAAGGGCUGAUCCACCUUUCUAUUGUGGACAAUCAAUACGAGGAAACUAUUAUCCAGAUGUUAGGCGAGGGCUACCUGGAUGACAUCACGCUGGACAACAUCCACAGCUUGAUAAUGGCGGAUGAUGCUGAGAGACAGCUGGAAGAGAACGCAGCAGAGGCUGCGAGAAUAGAUUGCAUCCAAUUUGGGGACUGUCACAUUGGGAGGCCCUAUCAAGCAACGUUCACAAUAACCAAUCACAGCAAGUCAGACGUGAUGAGAUUUGAAUGGUCUGCUUUGGGUCCACUUCAGUUCUCCCCACAGGUUGGCCAUCUCCAUGCAGGGUGCACCAAAAACGUCAUGCUGACCUUGAUAUCCAGCUUCCCUAUCACCCUGAAAGAACAGCUUCUCAAGUGCAAGGUGUCCAAGAUUGCCUUCCAACUGCCAGCUGACCAAGUGCCAGAUUGGGAUGACCGCCUUCACACUGUCAAAUGGGUCGAUGUCUCAAAGAGCAUCACAACAACACGCCCAACUAAGAAGAAGGUGAUAGAGACAGAUCCGGAACCUGCUCACAUUACUAUAGAAGAUGGUGGCCGAGAGCUGGAGCUUUGGGUGAGUGCCACCGUUGACUACGCCCAAUAUAAAAUGGAAGUGGACGCAGUGCACUUUAAGGACACAUUGCUCUUCCAGACGAGGGUGUUCAAGGUGGAGUUGUCCAACACAGGGAAUGUGCAACUGGAAUACUCCUGGAAAGUGGCCAUGGAGGAAAGUGGGAGGGCAGUCAACUUUGCUAUGGAGCCUAUGCCAGCAAGCCCAGAAGGCACAACAGGGGAAGUUCCAUCUGGAUCAUCAGCUGCUUCCAUCAAGGCAUGGUCCAGCCGACGACUUAGCCAGCAAGGGAGUGUGCUGGAUAGCUAUUCUUCCUACAUGUUCCCAGCAGCCACCCGCCCCCCAUUCUUCAUGGAGCCCAGCAGUGGAGCCAUCCCCCCUAAGAGCUCCCAGUUCCUCCAAGUGAAAUUCUCUCCCCAGGAACUGGGAGAGUUUGAGGGUCGCCUACUCUGCAGUAUUUCUAAUCUGAAGCCUGAUGAGGAAGGGCCAGUUGUGGCUGUGAAAGGGAAGAGCCUCCUGCCCUAUUGCCAUUUUGAGCUGGAAGACUCUGAUUACAUUACUGCACACAGACGCAGCCAAGACUUGCGAGGACCUGGGGGAAUGAGCCUGGAUCCUAACACCAAAGUGAUUGAAUUUACCUCAGUAGGAGUGCAUGUCAGAAACACCAGGACCUUUGCCCUCAUGAAUCCCACCAAUGCCUCCUACUCUUUCCAGUGGACCUGUGAGCAGCAGGAGGAACAAGAGCAUGCCGCCUUCAUCUGCUUUACAGAGCGGGGCCUGCUCCGGCCAGAGAAAAGAGUGGAGGUCAUAUUUGAAUUCAUCCCUCAACAUCUGAACAUCACAGAAUCCUUUUGGACUUUUACAAUCCCUGAACAGAACAUUUCUGUCCCAUUCCUCCUGGUGGGUCAGACCAUGGAUCCUGCUGUAUCUCUGGACAGAUCCCACCUGAACUUCCACUCGCUCUUGAUCGGGCACGAGGCUCGUGAGAGUGUCAAUAUUGUCAAUGAUGAGAAUGAGACCUACAGUUUUUCCUUCAGAGAUAGCUCUCGCUUUUCAGAGGGACGAAUCAACUGUCUAAAACUGCAGCCCAUGGAAGGAUCGAUCACACCUCAUUCCAGGCUUCCUAUUAACAUCUUAUUCAUGGCAAACCUGGAAGGGGAAGUAAACUUUAACUUGAUCUGUGACAUCAAGAGAAAAAGCCAACCUCUCUGCUUGAAUGUGAAAGCCACUGGCCAUACCAUGAAUGUAUCAGUGAAGUGUGAGGAAAGUCAUGGCUUGCUUUCUGAAUUGGACCCUGACCAGCCACAUCAGAUACACUUUCAAGAGAUGCAAGUCAAUGAUUAUGCUCAAUGUUAUUUCUAUAUUCUGAACACUGGCAAAUUCAACUUCACCUUCUCAUGGGAAUUCUACAAUGCCAAACCAGUGCAACGAUAUUUUGUCAUCUCCCCAAAUAAUGGUUCAGUGGAAGCAGGGGAACGGGCAGAAGUCAUGCUUUCCUUCCACCCACUGAAGACAUGCAAGUUAAAGGAUAUUGAACUGAAACUACAGAUCAGCCAUGGACCAACAUAUACUUGUGUGCUGCAAGGCUCAGCUGUGACUCCCAACAUCCAUUUAUCCCCCACCAAAGUGGACUUUGGAAACUGCUUCAUCUACCAAGGUGGGAUGACACUUUCCAGACGAAUCCUGACUGUCACGAAUAAGGAUGCCAAGGAGGCGAGCCUGGAAUGCUUGUUCACCAACACAGCUUACCUUGAGAUAGAUUUCCACGCUGAAGUGCUGAAUCCUGGAGAAAAGACAGAAAUUCCAAUCACCUUUUAUCCCCGAGAGGCCAUUUCCUACCAUGACAUCAUCACCUUUGAAAUCAAUGGUCUCUUCCAGCAGAGUAUUGAGGCCUUUGGGAAGGGCAUUGAGAUGAAGAUAGAAGUUAUAGAACCUCGCAGCAAAGUGUUGAAAUUUGGAGCUGUCCCUCCAGGGCACAUUGUGAAGAAGAUGGUCACGAUAGUGAACAACAGCAUCACUUUUGUCACCUUCAACCUCAAUUUUAUGUACUCUGUACCAGAGUUGCAGGAAACAAAGGUUCUCACCAUGACUCCAUCCAGUGAAAUAACCCUGAAGCCCCAAGGAGGCACCUGCCAUGUGGAGGUAGCUUUCACCCCAAAGACCCGCAUCCUGCAAUUCCAGGAGGAGGUCCUGCUUGAGUGCCAUGGGAUCCUGCGCUCCCUCUUCGUGGUGCAAGGCUGCAGCCAGGGCAUCGAAGUCAGUCUGGACCAGGAUCAUGUCCCUUUUGGAGCAGUGGUGCUUCGGAGCCAGGCUUCCCGAUGCAUCACAAUGCAGAACACAGGCGACAUCGGUGUGGGGUUUAAAUGGGACACCAAGCGCUUCAGACCAGACUUUUCCAUUAGGCCAGUGGAGGGCUACAUUUCCCCAGGAAUGGAUGUCUCCUUUGAAGUGACUUUCCACCCCUGUGAACAGAGCCAGGACAUCUGCUACGAGAACCUGCAGUGCCAGAUCCAAGGCAGAGAACCAUUAAGGCUCACACUGAGUGGGUGCUGCGUGGGAGUCCCACCAGUCAAAGAGGUGGUGAAUUUCACAUGCCAGGUCCGUGGAAAGCACACACAAACCAUCGUGUUAUCCAAUCGGACCAACCAGCCAUGGACCCUGCGGCCCAUCAUUGAAGGGGAGCAAUGGAAGGGGGCUGAAUUCGUUAGGGUGGAAGCCCACCAGCAAAACAAGCCCUAUGAAAUAACUUACAGGCCCCUUGCCAUGAAUUCUGAGAACAAGAAGGAUCAGGGCUCCAUCUUCUUCCCUCUCCCUGAUGGGACGGGGCUGUUGUACCUCCUGCAAGGCAACGCAGAGCCUCCCAAGUCUGCCGGGAACAUCAUGAGGGAAGUUCCAUGCAAAACACCAUACACAGAACUUUUCCCCAUCUCCAACUGGCUAAACAAGCCGCAAAGGUUCCGUGUGACAGUUGAUAUGCUGAAGCCUGAAAAGCUGGAAGCGACCACCACACUGAAAACCCUGGACUAUGUCGAUGUGCCUGCCUCUGCAAAGAAGGACCACAAGCUCACCUUCUUCUCUUACAAGGAAGGCUUGUACAGUGCCAAGGUGACGUUUCGCAACGAAGCAACCCAGGAAUUCCUCUUCUACUUGGUCACUUUCAAGGCCAUUCCGUGUGGCCCACUGGGCACCAUUGAGCUGACAACCCCUGUUCGGCAAAGCGCCUCCUCCUCUGUGAAGGUGGAAAACCCCCUGCAUUGUUCAGUGACCUUCAACACCGACUGCAAAGUGCCCGACAUCAACAUGCCACCCCAGUUCAUUGUCCCUGCUCAGUCUGAGGGUGUUCUUGUGUUUGAGUUCCAACCAAUGAGGCCUGGAGAAACGUGUGGCCGCCUGGCACUAAACAGCAAUGAGCUGGGUUCCUUCCAAUAUGACCUGAUCCUGAAAGCCACCCCAGCCCGGCCUGAGAAGUCCCUCUCCUUCUGCACCAUGCUGGGCAGCAGCCAGGUCAUCAUCACCAAGUUCAUCAACUACACCCGCCAGAAGGCCGAGUAUGCCACCAAGAUUGACUGCCCUGACUUCCAUGUGGACAAAGUCAUCAAUGCACCUGCAGGAUCUCAAGCAGGCACUGAGGUCAGCGUGGAAGUGACCUUUGAGCCUUGCCAACUGGGAGAAUCAAGGGGCACUCUUGUCCUUUCCUCAGCCACCGGAGGCGACUACGUGAUCCCUCUCUGUGGUACAUCAGUCUCUCCCAAGCCACAGGGGCCGAUUCAGAUCAGAGCUGGCACCAGCACAUCCAUCCCCUUCAAGAAUGUCUUCAUGCAGCCCAUGGCCUUCAGCUAUAUUGUGGAGAAUGCAGCCUUCACAGUGAAGGCCACGGAGAAUAUUCGGGCUAAGAAAUCUGCCACAAUCACAGUCUCCUUCGAAGGCAACCCUAGUGGCACUAAAGCUCCCGUCACCAGCAAGCUGGUUGUCUCUUGCCCUCGGGCAGCUGGGCUGGGCUCGGGAAUCUCCUGGGUUUAUUAUCUAAAGGGUGUCAUGCCUGAGAAAUGAACUGGUGGAGAGCCCCAGUGCUGUCUCUCUCAUUCAAGCAUUGCCAUGAUGGACAGAUGGAUGGAUGGGCGGGCAGGCAGCGCAUUUCUUGCAUGAGUACUUGAGCCUUCAUGACAAACAGUAGAAGGGAGAGUCAACAACCUCUCUGUACCCUUUGAAAGGACAGCAAAAAGCCCUCUGUGAAUGUCCCAGGGGCAGUUAUGGAUGACUGUAAGAUGUGUUCUACAGGGCUUGCACAGGCAAGAUUUCUGUCCAAAUAAACCAAGUGUCUUCUUAUGUAUGGAGGGCAGCACAUGCCAUAUCAGGAGUCCCCUUCCAACCUUAAGGGUUUUCCAGAGAAAAGUCAAUCUGCUGAGUGAGCGAGUGAAGGCAGCAGCAUAAACUAUCACCUGGAAAUGUGCAGAAUGAGCUCAUGCCUUAUA